UUUGUCACUACUAGUGGCAACGCCUUAUGAGAUCAGCUGUGCAUAAACAAAAAGUGCAUUGUACGAUUUUUACAAAAUAGAUAUAUUUUGGUAGAGAUUUUAUUGCGGAUAAUUAGAAGCAAAUCAUUAUUUUUGGUGAUUUAUAAAUAUGGCUGCUGCACGGUCACGCCGCACAAAUGCCGGUACUAAAAUCGCAAAAUUGCUAAAUGAAGAGGAGGAAGAUGAAUUCUAUAAGACAUCCUACGGUGGCUUCCACGAUGAAGAAGAGGAUCAAGAAUAUGUCCAAAAAGAAGAAGAGGAAGAUGUAGUGGAUUCAGAUUUUAGUAUUGACGAAAAUGAUGAACCAAUUUCGGAUACUGAGGAUGCACCAGAAAAGAAGCGAAAGCGCGGAGGUGUUAAUACCAAAGCUUACAAAGAGCCUGCUGUUAAGAAGGAUGUGUCAACAUUACCAAAAAGGAAGGCCUCAAAAAUCGUCAGACGACCUCGCCCCAAGUUUACUAUAAUUGAUUCCGGUCGAAAAUCUAUAAGGGCUUCAACUGCAAUAAAAACACAAGCUACUAAGAUACGCUUGAAGGAAAUGGACGACGCACGUAAGAAAAAGAGGCGCGUCAAAAGGGUAGAGGAAUAUAUGCCAACUCAGGAAGAAUUGCUUGAGGAAGCAAAAAUAACUGAAGAGGAAAAUAUAAAAUCUCUGGAGAAGUUCCAAAAGAUGGAAUUGGAAAAGAAGAAAACGCGCCCCACAAAGCGCAUAUACACAGGUCCAAUGAUACGUUACCAUUCAAUGACAAUGCCAGUAGCACGUAAGCAAACUAGAGGAUCAAAUACGAAUGCUGAUGCCACCGAUUCGUCAGCAAAAUGUGAACGCACGUUCAUAACAUUCGAAAAUGAUCUCAAUGAUAAAGUAUUUCAGUCUGUUUUUAAACCAAAACCGUUGAACAGUAAUUCUGGCUACUUGUGUCCGAUAACCAGAUUACCUGCGCGCUACUUUGAUCCUGUUACUAAGCAGCCAUAUUACAGCAUGCAAGUGUUUAAAAUAUUACGCGAAGCUUAUUAUCUACAGCUGGAGGAACGCGGUAAUACCGAAAAUCCAGAUGUGGCUAAAUGGUUAGAAUGGCGCAAAAUUGUCAAAGAAAAUCGCGCGAAAGCGUCUGCGACCAAAGCAAGCUCAAGCUCAUAAUGCUCCUCAUUUAGUAAGAAAAAUCUGUUUUUAGUCUUGUCUUAUUGGCACAUUUUAAUCGCAAUAGUUUUAUAAUCGUUACAUUACGCAACGAGAAUCUUACCUAUUAGCUACACUAUUUUUUUAAAACAUCGAUUCUAUAUAAAUAUCGUAAGAUUGUACUUAAGAGUACUGUUAACAAAUUACAAAUAUUUUGUAAUGGAAAUUACAUAAACGCAGCC